AUGGCGCCGCAGAAGCGCAAACAACCCCACGAUGAGCCUGCCGCCGAGAGCUCCUCUGCCGCCCCCCGACGGACGACGCGACACACCUCUGGGGCGGCACCCUCAGCUGGCGCUGAGCCCGAGAAACAGCGUAGAAGUGGUCGCAUACGCGCCAAUACUCUAGAGAAUCCUCAAAAUACCAUUACAAGAUAUUUCCUCCCCAAGUCGCAGGUCGGCGACGCGCCAAAGUCCGAUAGUGCUGAGCAGACACAACCCCCCUCUGAACAACCCCCAGCGCCAGUGACAGCGCCUACGCCUGCACCUGCAUCCAAGCCAACGAGACGAGCAAGAGGCCAGACAGCCGAACCAGAACCAGAAAUUGAAGCAGAGUCUUCUAUCGCCGUCAGGACCAAACCGUCCGUGGAAAAGAAGCGGUCAAAGCCUGCAACGAGUACAGCGCAAGCUGCGGUACCACCAGCCGUCGCACCGGCAUCCCCCAACGUAGCCAAGGCAGAGCCAAAGAUACAAGCCAACACAUCACGACCGAGAACCUACGUCUCACAACCAAAAUCAUCGCCCCAGUCACGGCCGCAAGCAGCCCACGCAAACAAUUUCACUGAUCCUGCGACGGCAUUGCCCCUGACGCCGCGGCGCCGGGCUUCGUCUACAACCAUUCCCAAGCCACCCCCAACCCCGAGAGCAGAUCGCAACAUCGAUAAGGUUACGCUGGGCGAUAUCUCUUUCAAGACAUGGUAUCCAUCAUAUUAUAGCAAGGAGGUGCUGGGAGACACCUCGGGCAAUAUAGGAGCUCGGGAACAAGGCAAUGGAGCCAAGAUAGGAGGCGGCAAGAAGGAAAAGGAGGCAGUCUUGGACCGACUCUACGUGUGCCCAUGCUGCUUCAAAUACUCGAAAGAGCUGGUAUCGUGGACAGAGCAUGUGAAUUACUGUCAGAGUCUGGCUCACGUGCCAGGGACAAAGGUCUAUACCCACCCGAAGCAGAGUACACAUUCAAAACGGCACGCAAAGAGUGAUGGACUUGCCACGGACAAGGGUGAGUGGAGUGUGUGGGAGGUUGAUGGAGAGCACGAUGCAUUAUUCUGUCAAAAUCUGUCCCUCUUUGCCAAGCUGUUCCUUGACAACAAGUCCGUGUUCUUUGACGUGACGGGCUUCACAUAUUUUUUACUGACCUACACGCCUCCACCGGAGCCCUCGGGAGACACACCCUCUCCCAAGAUAUGCGGGUUCUUCUCCAAGGAAAAGAUGUCAUGGGAUAACAACAACUUGGCAUGUAUCCUUGUGUUUCCGCCAUGGCAAAGGAAAGGUCUCGGUGCACUUCUCAUGGGCAUCUCGUAUGAGAUUUCAAAACGCGAGGGUAUCAUUGGCGGGCCGGAGAAGCCCAUCUCAGAGCUCGGUCGGAAAGGUUACAAGAGGUAUUGGGCAGGAGAGAUUGCAAGAUGGCUUCUUGGCUUGGAGCUGGCAAAGGGUCGAACGAAUGAGGAGCUCUUGGUAGAUCUCGAGGAUUGCAGUAGAGAGACAUGGAUAGCACAGGAGGAUUGUCUGGCAAUACUUCGAGAGAUGAACUUGGUCGAGGAGACAGGUAUGGGUCCUCCCAAACCACGUCCCCCUAGGCAGGAGACCGAAGGUGAAGAAGAAGCAAAGGAGCAAGAGGCCAGCGACGUGCCUCGCGUAAAACUUGACAAGGCCGCUAUUCGGCAGUGGGUGGAGGACCACAAGAUUGACCUUGAAAGAGUCUGCGAUCCAGAUGGAUUUGUGGAGGGCUACGCGAUCAAGGAACCCGAGGCUGAAGAUGAGGAAUAG